UCGAUUUCAACACCAACAAAAAAGCCUUAUAAUUAAAGAACCAAAAAGAAACUCUCACAUUCUCUCAAGAGCUUCUCUUUCAGUUUCAAUGGCCUUACCAACUUUCUUGCCGGAAAACUCAGAGCCUCCAAAACACACUCCACCACAGACCAAACGCAAGAAACGCGAGAAUCGCACCGACCAAACAAAGAAACCACACAAACCACAGAAGCAGAAAGCAGUAGCACCUCAGAAGCAACCGUCCUCAUGGGACCAAAUCAAGAACCUCUUGACUUGCAAGCAAAUCGAAGGGUCAAGAAUCCACGACCCUUCCAAGAACUCUCAAUCUACUCCGUCCACGACCACUCACGUAUUAUCACCUUCCAAGCUCGGCUCGUCUUGCAGCUCCAUCUGCAGGUUUCGAGACGUGGCUCACGGCAACACUCGCGUGGUUCACAGAGCAGACCACUCUCCGGACGUAGCUAACUCGGCUACUCCUAACUCGGAGACUCGUCUUCUGACUCGAAAACCUGGUCAGCACGGUUCUUCUUCAUCGUCUCGGUCUCUUACAUAUGGCUCAACUACGUCAUCCGCAACGACGUCAUUUAAAGCCAUGCAGUUCCGUAAACUCUCCGGAUGUUACGAAUGUCACAUGAUCGUUGACCCUAGCAGGUAUCCAAUUUCUCCUAGGGUUCGUGCUUGUUCACAGUGUGGAGAAGUUUUCACGAAGCUUGAAAGCUUAGAGCUUCAUCAAGCGGUUCGUCACGCAGUGUCGGAGUUAGGUCCGGAAGAUUCGGGUCGAAACAUAGUGGAGAUCAUAUUCAAGUCAAGCUGGCUUAAAAAAGACAGUCCAAUCUGUAAGAUCGAACGGAUACUAAAAGUACACAACACUCAACGAACAAUCCAACGGUUCGAAGACUGCCGAGACGCAGUGAAGGCGCGUGCUCUUCAAACCACAAGAAAAGACGCUCGUUGUGCUGCCGACGGUAACGAGCUUCUCCGUUUCCACUGCACCACUCUCGCUUGCUCUCUCGGAUCACGUGGCUCCUCUUCUCUCUGCUCUAAUCUCCCUAGCUGCGGCGUGUGCAACGUGAUUCGUCACGGUUUCCAAGGAAGAUCCGGCGCCGGAGGAGCUAAUGCAGCCGUGAGUGGCGGCGUGAGGACGACGGCGAGCAGUGGAAGAGCUGAUGAUUUGCUGAGGUGUAGUGAUGAUGCGAGGAGAGUGAUGCUUGUGUGUCGUGUGAUCGCUGGGAGUGUUAAACGUGUCGAUCCUACGGCGGAGGUGAAGAAGGCUCCGGUGGAAGAUAACUCGAGCAGCGGUGUGUUUGACUCGGUGGCGGUCAACGCCGGAGUUUAUUCGAAUCUGGAGGAGCUGGUGGUUUAUAACCCGAGAGCUAUAUUACCUUGCUUCGUGGUUAUUUACAAGGUUGUAGAAUCUUGAAUUUGUUAUCUUAACUUCAGAAAAUAAUGCCUUUUUAACUU